AUGACACCCUGGCGCACACAACAGAAAUCGAAAUCGACGCCUGCAAACUCACCGAACCAAAAUAUGGGAGAAAUUCACGUUGGCGGCGGCCAGUGCAACGUCCCCGAACAUGAGAUCAAGCAGAAUGCAGGUGUGUCGGCGAGUAUGGCGCUGCAGGCUGGACAGAAAGCAUGGGAGUUGAGGCAAGCUGCGCAUGGCGCGAGCGACGCGAAAGCAAGAGAAGAAAUUCUGGCGAAAGCGAUUAAUAAAGAGAUUGAAGCAGAGUCGUUUGGAAAGGCGGCAAAGUACACGCAGUCAGGUGCUUUCCAGGGACUGGCCGCUGGUGCCGGAUUGGGGGUGCAGCCGGGCGUGACCAUUGGAAAGCUGACCGGUGCCCUCGUUGGUGGCACGGUGUCUACAGUGACUGGACUGCUUGGUGGUGGUAUUGGAUCGGUUUACGGUGCCAUGAACGGCCCAAUGUGGGAUCUGGGAGAGAUGGCAAGUCAGGGUGUCCAAGGUGUCGUUGGUGACUUCCUCCCCGAUGUCAAGUCGACGCCAUCGCAGAAGAAGGCUUUGGAGAAGAUGGUCAUGCAAACCAAGGAUACGCAGGCACCAUCUAAAGAAGAGCUGGAACAGAUGAAGAAUGACGCACCGGAUAUGAUGCCGCAGUCAUGGUCCCAGUCCGCGAAAGACAUGACUGCUUGGAGACCAAGCAUGCCGUCAGCAGUCAAAACCGCGGGAGCUGGAAUCGCGGGAAUGGGAGCCGCCAUGAACCCUUGGGGAGGUGGAGGUCAGCAACAGCAACAACAAGGCACAUCACAACCCAAGCAACAACCCCAAAAGCAAACCCAACAGGCAUCGAGUCAACCAAAACAGCAGUCUAAGCCCCAGGCCCAGAAAGCUCCUCAAUCGAAGCCGCAGCAACCGAAGACAAACGGGACGCAACCCGCAAAGCAAGAAAAGCCCCAAUCCAAUGACUCCCCCAAAGAACCAUCGAAACCCCGUUCCCAACGACCACCAACGACCCGCGGCCCCGCAAACCCCCAAUCAUCAACCCAAUCCACCCCACCCUCUCAACAAAAGCAGACACCGAAUACACAACAAACGUCUACCAAGUCCUUAUCACAGAAAUCCCAAUCCACGGCGAACAAAUCUGCGAAUGGAUCUGCUCAGCCUAAAAGGGUGUCGUUCAGCGAUAACAAAGAGAACAAUGCUCCGGCUGCUGCGGAGAAGCCGAAGAGGAAACCGAGGAAGCUGGGGCAGCAGGGUGUUGGUAAUGCUGGUAGUGGUGGAGGUGGUAGUGGGAACGGGGGUGCGGCGAAGAAGGCGCCGAGGAAGUUGGAGUCUAGGAAACCUGCUGCGGCUGCGUAGAUGAUGGAUUUUGUAGAGAAAGGGGGAGAGGGGGUGUAGUUUGCUGAAGAGAGGGAAAUAUGAUGCGAUGGAGUGUUAUGUGAUCACGAGUUUUUGGAAAGGCAGUGGUAAUGCAUGGUGGAUUCGGAGCCGUUGGCGACUUGCAUGUUUGUUGGAUACUAGACUUGUUGAGCACAUGUUGUUAUGUUCAGAUUUUGUACAAAUGUAAUUUAGUGAGCGAUAACUGUGUCUUGAGACAUCCGUACAUAUAACGACUUUGGGUGGACUAUCCCAAACUCUCAUGUAACUACCAUCCUUCAAGCGUAUAAACAGCCUUCAACCGGCUUCUGGACUG